AUGAGCCUGUUUGACAUUCAGGUGGAUUACUUCGAUGUUACACUGGAUAGAGGUAUGAACGAGCCGUACAUUGGUGGUGAAAUCAUUAAGGGUGUGGUCGAUGUUGGCUGCACGCGAGAAGUUCGGAUCGGUGGUCUUUUGGUACGACUGACUGGUGUGGUGGAAACGGGCUGGCGGAACAAGGACAGCGACCUCUCGUUCGAAUCCAGACACAGUUUCAUGGACGAAGUCAUCGAUCUCACCACGAUGAUUGCCGACCAUUGCACCGAGGAAUUUUUUCUGUUGGAGGGACGACAUACGGUUCCGUUUGAAGCUCGUCUACCGAUGGAUGUUCUUUCUUCUGUGAAUCGUGAUAACUGCGGCUCAGUUCGAUACACCUGCACUGCGCUGAUGAUGAUUCCCGAGGACGGCGACACUGAGAUGGUAGCAGAGAAAACUUUCAAGGUCUACCCGUACUUAAAUCUUGACGCGCCGUACAUGAGAGACUCUACUUCGUCUACGGAGGAGGAAAUUAUUGUUGGUUGCUGUGGACGACCUCGUGGCACUGUGGUGGCUUCAAUGAAAGUGCAGGAAGUCGGUCUGUUACCUGGUGAAACCACGAGAAUCACGUUAACCGUUGAGGACCGAACCCGACGGAAACGUUGGCAACGAAAGAAGGAACAUCACGAAUGUGUCCUAAUAUCGCUGUGUCAGCAACUCGACUUCGUUUCCACUAGUCGAUACGAAUCGCAUUUGGUUGACCGCAAAAGUGUUACCAUAGCCGUCGAAUCUCAUGGCACAUGUAAAGCUCGACCAGGAUCAGGUCCUGAAACGAAGGAGAUCGAAUUCUCUGUGCCGUCUGAUCUUCCGCCUACUUCCAUACAUGCGGAUCGCUUAGUGACGAUCAGCUAUUUCUUCAAGCUAGAUCUGGAUCAGAUCGAUAUCAUUGUUCCUGUGAUCAUUGGGACCACAAAGACACCAGGAACUCUUGAAUAA